AUGGCUUCCCCUUCAAACCCCCUUCUCAGCAGCCAUCAGCCUUCUGAUGUGCAAGUAAUCCUCCAUCCCCUUGUCCUCCUUACCAUAUCAGACUACAUCACCCGCCACACCCUCAGAGAACAGUCUGGUCCUAUCAUGGGCGCCCUCCUUGGGCAGCUCAAUGGAAGAGAGAUAACCAUAGAGCAUGCCUUUGAAUGCAACACUGUCGCCAAUCCAGAUGCCCCCAUGGGCUACUCUUUAGACCAUGCAAGGUUCAUCAGCCGCCUAGAGCAAUUCAAAACGGUACACAAAGACCGCAUGCUAGACCUAGUCGGCUGGUACACCCUCAUAGCCAAGACCGGCCCAACCCCCGACAUCCUCCCCACCCACACAACCAUGCUCGACCUCAACGACUCCACCCUCCUCCUCGGCUUCCACCCGGACGAGCUCGCCCACCACUCCAUCGGCGCCAAGCUGCCCCUCACCAUCUACGAGAGCAACUACGAAGCCGACGACGAACAACAAGAUGACGAGGAUAAGACCAUGCAGGACACCGACCCCCCUCUCAAGCUCAAGUUCCGCGAGCUCCAGUAUACCGUCGAAGCCGCCCCCGCCGAGAUGAUCAGCAUGGACUUUGUAGCCCGCGGAGGCGGCAACGCCACGGCCGUCGAGCAGCAGCAGCAGCAAGAACAACAACAGCAAAAGGAACGCCGCCAGGCUACCCCCAGCGAGGUGUCGGAGAAUACCCGGGAAUCCAAAAGGCGAAUAGUCGCCGUCCCUGAUACGGACGUGCCCCCGGACUUCGUCCUCACGAGGGAAGAGGAGGAAAUGAUUGGCGCUCUCACCGCAAAGGCCAACGCCAUCAAGAUGCUCCAGGCCCGUAUCCACGUCAUCCACAAGUACCUCGACCAGCUCCCCGAGUCCUUCAAGCAAGGCGACCACUCUGCCCCCGAGAUGACCGAUGCCGAUCCAAACUUCGCCGCCCCGUCUUACACCAUCCUGCGCCAGAUCCAGGCACUCGUCAGCCGCCUUGAGGUCCUCGUCCCCUCCAAUGAACAGGCUUUCCGUCAAGAACUCCUCCGCGACAAGAACGAUGUCAACCUCGUUUCCCUCCUCGACAGCCUCGUGCAAAGUACGCAGGCCGCCCGUGAAGUCGGUCGCAAGUUCCAAAUCAUCGAGAGUAAUAAGCCUAGGAAUCGAAUGGCUGACUUCGCGGCUGACACUCACUUUACCUUUAAUAUGACGGAGGGCCAUGAACUAUUGUAA